ACAAGCUGGCCCAGGAGCCAGGCAGCACUAAUCGUCAGGAAACAUCGAUCUCCUGCGAGCGGCUAACGGAGGAGACGCGGACUGACCGCCACCUGGCAGCUGCACACCGCGGCCAGGAUGACCCGACUGGCCGCUCCGAAGCGUCUGAGCCACCUGGCGGAGCCGCUGUGACGAGGUUGGGGACCCCUGGUGUACAAGAUGCUGCAGCUCCCCCUGGUGGUGACUGCCAGAGUGGACCUGGUUCUGCUGCUGAUCACACUGCUCUCCUUCUGGACCCGACUCUCACGCCUCAGCUACCCCAACGCCGUGGUGUUUGACGAGGUCUACUAUGGACAGUUUGUGUCUCUCUACAUGAAGAGAGUCUUCUUCAUGGACGACAGCGGACCACCGCUUGGUCACAUGAUUCUGGCCUUGGGUGCUUACUUGGGAGGAUUUGAUGGAAACUUCAUGUGGAACAGAAUUGGAGCAGAGUAUCCCUGUGGUGUGAGUGUGUGGAGCCUGCGCCUCCUCCCGGCUGUGUGCGGUGCAUUGUGUGUUCCUAUGGCGUAUUGUGUCAUUCUGGAGUUGGGCUUGUCUCACAUGUCAGCAUUGGGAGCGUCGCUGCUGCUGUUGCUGGACAACGCUCUCAUCGUCCAAUCACGCUUCAUGUUGCUGGAGUCCGUGGUCAUCCUCUUCAUCCUGUUGGCCUUCUUCUCCUACCUGCGCUUCCACAACGCCCCCUGCAGCUCGUCCGCCAGGUACUGUUGGCUCCUCCUCUCCGGAACGUCCUGCUCCGCCGCCAUCGGGGUGAAGUACAUGGGUGUGUUCUCCUACCUGCUGCUGGUGGGUGUGGCCUCCUUGCACACCUGGAAAUUGAUUGGCAACACAAGUCUUAGUGGCCUGAGUGUGUGUGUCCAGUGUGUGUGUCGUGCUGUGUGUCUCUUUGUAGUCCCGGUCCUGCUCUAUGUCGCCUGGUUCUACGUGCACCUGAGUCUCCUCCACCGCACUGGACCACAUGACCAGAUGAUGAGCCCCGCCUUCCAGGCCAGCCUGGAGGGCGGUCUCUCCAGGAUCACCCAGGGUCAACCCCUGGAGGUAGCUUACGGCAGUCAGGUGACCUUGAGAAGCUCCGCCUCCCAGCCGGUCCCUUGUUGGCUCCACUCUCACAAAGCCAACUAUCCAAUCAGGUAUGAAAGUGGGCGGGGCAGCUCCCACCAGCAGCAGGUCACAUGCUACCCGUUCAAAGACGUCAACAACUGGUGGAUCGUGAAGAACCCGGACAGGGCCGACCUGGUGGUGGGCAGUCCUCCCCGUGCGGUCCGUCACGGCGACGUGGUUCAGCUGCUCCACGGGAUGACAUCACGCUCCCUCAACAGUCACGACGUGGCGGCGCCCAUGAGCCCCCACGACCAGGAAGUGUCCGCCUACAUCGACUUCAACGUCUCCAUGCCGGCGCAGAACCUGUGGAGGGUGGAUAUUGUCAACAGGGAGGCGGAGUCACAGGUGUGGAAGACCAUCCUGUCGGAAGUACGAUUGGUCCACGUCAACACCUCGGCUGUCCUCAAGUUGAGUGGCACGUCUCUACCAGACUGGGGUUUCCGUCAGAUGGAGGUGGUGGCUGAAAAGAUGUUGAAAGGUCCCAGCAGCAGUCUGACCUGGACGGUGGAGGAGCACAGAUAUGGAACCAGUGAGGAGCAGAAGGACAGAGAGGCGGAGCUUCACUCUCCCACGCACAUCGACGUCAACAGGAAGAUCUCCUUGUGGGCAAAGUUUCUGGAAGUGCAGUGGAGGAUGCUGUCGGUGAAGCAGGAGGAUUCUGAACACAAGUAUAGCUCCGCCCCUUUGGAGUGGAUCACCAUGGAGACCAACAUUGCAUACUGGCUGCAUCCCUCCACCAAUGCUCAGAUCCACCUGAUUGGUAAUCCUGUGUCGUGGGGCGUGGCCAACCUCAGCUUGUUGGCCUAUCACCUAUUGGCUGCCAUCUACCUGCUGAGGAGGAGGCGUGGCAUCAAAGACUUACCCGAUGCUGCGUGGGAGCAGUUUGUGUGUGUAGGUCAGGUGUGUGUGGGCGGCUGGCUGGUCAACUUUGUUCCUUUCGUGCUGAUGGACAAGAGUCUCUUCCUCUACCAUUACCUGCCCGCCCUGGUCUUCCUGCACCUGCUGACCGCCGCCCUGCUGGAGCACGUGCACACGCACUUGCUCAGCACGGCGACGCAGCGCGGCGUGUUGCAGGUGUGCGUGUGCGCCAUGUUGGUGUGCGUCUUCCUGACCUACCACCUCUUCUGCCCUUUGACCUAUGGGAGUCCAGAACUGUCAGCCACUCAGCUGCGAGCGUUGAAGUGGAGAAACUCCUGGGACAUCCUUUACCGCCAACGCUAGACUCCUCCCCCUGAUGACAUCACGACCAGCCAUGACUGGUCAAUUACAACUGAUCUUAAAAACUUUUUUUUCCUCAGUUUUUAUUUUUAUCUUUUGAAAUAAUGCAUUUCUGUAUAAUGAUGAAGGGUAAGGAGUAAAUAAAGUCAUUUCAUUUUUUA